AAGCUAAUAAAGAUCAAGUACCAAAAUAAAAGAUUUUGUCAAUUAAAUUAAAUACUUUCAGGCAAAUUAAAAACUAAAUAUCAUGACGUUCUUCGGAGAUGUUUUCCUAGAUUCAGAUAGCGGAGAGGACUUCAGGCGAGGGAUCCAGGGAUUCACUUUAAGUUUUAAUGGAUCAGUAGAAGGAGGAAUCAUGGGAUCCAAUGGAUCAACUCUGGAUCCGCCUGAGAUAUUCUGUGGCUAUAUUCCUGAUACUGAAUCCAUAUCGAAUCUGAAAAGGAUAAUCUCGAAUCUUCUCAGUUUCUGUUUAGGAAAGCAGUUCGAAGUUGAAAUUAAUCUUAAACCUUUCAAAUUAUUCUCAAACUUAAAUUUCAAAAAUAUUAUCUAA